AUGACUUGUGCUUUACAGUCAUAUCAAUCAUCGACAUACGCAGUUAAGAACGAUCGAAUUGUUUAUAUCGAAGGAGAAUCGUAUGUUGAAAAUGUAGUUCGUGGUUAUGACACAGUAUGGGCAUAUUUUCAUGAAAACAAAAACAGUCUUAUUAGUGGACAAAGUUUAGAAGCAAAUGUCGGAAUUAUUCUUAGCUGUGGAACAUUUUCCUAUGCGCACAUGCCCAAAGAUUUCAUUUAUAUCACAGGAGUUUCGGGAACCUUAAGGACGCUAGCUAAUGCAGAGAAGAAUAUCCUUUCAGAAGUUUACGGAAUUUCUAGAAAUACGUUUAUGCCCUCGGUUUUUGGUAAAAGUAAUCGAAAUUAUUAUCCAAAAAGUGAUGUUGAAGCUGUAGAGAAAUCCGAAUAUUUUACACGAAUUCAAGAAGAAGUUGAUACAAUGGUCAAUGCCAAACGUUCUAUUCUCGUUUUUUUCGAAUCCGAAGAACGUCUGUUAGAAUUUUAUAAUUGUGAUCGCUUAGCAUCAAUGAAACAUCUACUACUGAGGGGUAAAGUGACAUUGUUGACACGAACAUUUGGACGAGGAACAGAUUUUAUUUGUCGAAAUCAACAAGUUUUAGCGAAUGGAGGAAUUCACGUUCUACAAACAUUUUUUUCGAAAGAACUUUCGGAAGAAUAUCAGAUUAUGGGAAGAGGAGCGCGACAAGGCGAUCGAGGUUCAUAUCGAAUGAUUUUGUUAGAAAAUGAUUUAGAAUGGGUUCUCGGUUCCGAUUGGGAUAAGAAAAUAAAUGAGAUAAAAGGUUCAACUCUUUAUGAAGCUCUAAAUGAUGAACGAACCAAACUGUACGAAGCGAAUUGCGCAGGAAAAACAUGCGGAAUUAAUCAAUGUGAAGCAGAUCAUAAUAAAUCGAAAAACUUUCUUGAUGCGAUUGUCAAUGGAGAUAUGAAUAUUGUUCAGAACUUUUUACUUGAACAAAAUCGUGGACCAAAUAUCUAUGCGAAUGUUUCUCGUACAGUUUUGUUAAUAGACGCAACAGGAUCGAUGUCGAAUCUUCUAAGCGCGACAAAAGAUACCGUUUGUACGAUGUUCGAACGCGCUUCAGAGAUUUUAAAGGAGAAAAAAUUACCGAGCGAUAUUUUUUCGAUGCAAUUCGUCGUUUACAGAAACUACAAUUCGCAAGCCGAGAAGAUUUUAGAAGUCUCGCCUUGGGAAACGAAAGGUAGUGGGUUAAGAGCGUUUAUGAAUACGAUUGGACCAGAAGGAGGAUGGGGAGCCGAAGCGAUUGAGAUUGGACUAUGGCAUGCAGUUAACGAGAGUGAGACGAGAGAAUCGAUUUCACAAGUGAUUUUAAUUGGAGAUGCACCAGCAAAUUCCCAAGGAGAUGUUUCUUCGAAACGAGCGCGUUAUGGAGAAAAUUAUUGGAAAACGACGAAGUUUUCUAAACCGACUUUUUAUCAAGAUGAAUUAAAGAAAUUAAAAGACAAAGAUAUUCCAAUCCAUACAUUUUAUUUGACUGACUAUGCGAAGAGUAAUUUUGAAGAAAUCGCUAAAGAAACGAAAGGUCGAUGCGAAUUCCUCGAUAUUCGUUCUAGUGCAGGAAUUGAUGCUCUGACUAAUUAUGUUACCGAAGAAGUUUUGAGAAAAGCAGCUGGAAGCCAAGGAGAAGAAGCUGUGAAGUUAUACAGAGAAAAAUAUGGCAAAGUUACUUUCACAUCGUAG